GGCCGAGGCCGAGGCUUCGGCGGCGGAGGCUGCGGGGAAGGCGGCGGCACCCCGAUCAGGGACAGCGCUCCGACGGGCUCUCCUCCAGGUCUCAUGGAGGCGGCGGCGGGCGCGGGCUGCGGCUCCGGGCCGCCGCUGCUGCUGAGCGAGGGCGAGCAGCAGUGCUACUCCGAGCUGUUCGCGCGCUGCACCGGCGCGGCAAGUGGGGGCCCCGGGUCCGGGCCCCCCGAGGCCGCCAGGGCCGCCCCCGGCGCGGCCACCGCAGCCGCGGGGCCCGUGGCCGACCUGUUUCGGGCGUCGCAGCUCCCCGCCGAGACCCUGCACCAGAUCACGGAACUGUGUGGUGCCAAGCGCGUUGGUUAUUUUGGUCCAACUCAGUUUUACAUUGCCUUGAAAUUAAUUGCUGCAGCACAGUCUGGCCUUCCUGUGCGGAUAGAGAGUAUUAAAUGUGAAUUGCCGCUGCCUCGAUUUAUGAUUUCAAAGACCGACAGUGACAUACGAUUUGGGAACUCAGCUGAGCUGCAUGGAACUAAGGCUCCAAUUCCAUAUUUAAUCUCAGAAAAAAAUACCUUCAAAAGAAUGGAUGAUGAGGAUAAACAGCAGGAAACACAGUCUCCUACGAUGUCACCUCUCGCCUCCCCUCCUUCUUCUCCACCUCAUUACCAGAGGGUGCCCUUGAGCCAUGGCUACAGCAAACUGCGGAGCAGCAUGGAGCAGAUGCAUCCAGCUCCUUAUGAAGCUAGACAGCCCCUUGUCCAGCCUGAGGGACCCUCAUCGGGGAAUCAAGGAACCAAGCCGCAUCGGCAUCAGGCUUCCCUCAUCCGGUCCUUUUCAGUGGAGAGAGAACCACAAGAUAACAGCAAUUACCCGGACGAACCGUGGAGGAUAACAGAAGAGCAGCGGGAGUACUAUGUCAAUCAGUUCAGAUCCCUCCAGCCAGACCCAAGUUCCUUCAUUUCAGGUUCAGUGGCCAAGAACUUCUUCACCAAAUCAAAGCUUUCCAUUCCAGAACUCUCCUAUAUAUGGGAGCUGAGUGAUGCUGACUGCGAUGGAGCCCUGACCCUGCCCGAGUUCUGUGCUGCAUUUCAUCUCAUUGUGGCCAGGAAGAACGGCUAUCCACUGCCCGAGGGCCUCCCUCCAACUCUGCAGCCAGAGUACCUGCAAGCAGCCUUUCCUAAACCCAAGAGGGAGUGUGCAUUAUUUGAUUCUUAUUCUGAGUCCAUGCCAGCAAACCAACAACCUCAUGACUUGAAUCGGAUGGAGAAGUUAUCUAUUAAAGAUGGGGCUGACUUUCCUGUUUCUACCCAAGAUUUGACUGGUGAUGACAAACAAGCUUUGAAAAGUACUAUGGAUGAAGCUGUACCAAAGGACACGUCUGAGGAUCCAGCAACUCCUAAGGAUUCCAACAGUCUCAAAGCAAGACCAAGAUCCAGAUCUUACUCUAGCACCUCCAUAGAAGAGGCCAUGAAAAGGGGCGAGGACCCUCCCACCCCGCCACCGCGGCCACAGAAAACCCAUUCCAGAGCCUCCUCCUUGGAUCUGAAUAAAGUCUUCCAGCCCAGUGUGCCAGCAACUAAGUCAGGAUUGUUACCUCCACCACCUGCGCUCCCUCCAAGACCUUGUCCAUCACAGUCUGAACAAGCAUCUGAGGCCGAGCUACACCCCCAGCUGAACAGAGCCCCCUCGCAAGCUGCAGAGAGUAGUCCAACAAAGAAGGACACACCAUACUCUCAGCCUCCAUCAAAGCCCAUCCGUAGGAAAUUACGACCGGAAAAUCAAGCUACAGAAAAUCAAGAACCUUCUACUACCGUUGGCGGGUCAGUGUCUGUAGCAACCAUGAAACCCCAUCCAACAGUCCAGAAACAGUCUUCCAAACAGAAGAAGGCUAUUCAAACUGCUAUCCGCAAAAAUAAAGAGGCAAAUGCAGUGCUGGCCCGGCUGAACAGUGAACUCCAGCAGCAACUCAAGGAGGUUCAUCAAGAACGGAUUGCAUUGGAAAACCAAUUGGAACAACUUCGUCCAGUCACCGUGUUGUGACCCCAAGAUCCAAGUAAUAGCGGGUGACCUUUUCUGCCAAGAUCUUUCCUUUAACUGUUUCAAACCAACUACUUGUCAUAGAUGUCUGACUGUCAAAAAGCUGUGAGCAGUGGGAUAGAAUCCAUGUCACCUUUACUCUUACACUUGUGUACUUUGCUGUGAUGAAAAUAUAUAACUGAUUAUCACACUUGAAAUUGUAAUUAUCAGUGGAAUUUUCUCUCUCAUUCUUCAUUACUUUCUUGAGAUGUUAAAUGUUGCUCCUUAGCAAAAAUCAACUUUCUAGCAAAUGACAAUGUAGAGCAUUAUUUAUUUAAAGAAUUUAUGAUUUGUAAAGACCUUAUAAUCCAGUACCUUUAGGAUGCUUGUUUUACUUUUGUAUGUAUAUCAUGUACAGUAGGUUAGUUUCCUGAAUAAUUGGAAUUCUAACUUUGGCAUGGUGAUUAUAAUAAAAUAAAAUAAAAUAAAAUAAAAUAAAAUAAAACAAAAGCUUCAGAUUUAGAUUGGCACUGUGCCCUCUAUCACCAUAUGCCAAAAUUUGCUUAUCUAGUGCCAUUUUGAUUUUAUCUAGCUAUAAGUAAUAUAUAAUUAUUGUUUUCUACUGAAUGUCAAAGACUUACUCAGUCUUUAAACCUCUGUAAAGUGGAAGUUUUGUCAGUGAUCUAUUUAACUUGGCUUAGCUAGGCUGUCAACCCAGAUAACUCAGUCUUUUCAUGUAAAUUUUUAGGCAAGAGCAAUGUACUUUUACUGCUUCUCCUAAUCAUAUUAAAAUAGUUGUCAGAUCUCUUACUUUUAUCCUGCAUGGGAAAACAUAUCUGUAAAUGCAUGAAUUUGGAAACUACCCAUCAAAUAUGAAAGGCUGAUGAGACUGUUUGGAUUGAUAAACAUUUGUUGUUGGAACCCAGGUAUUCAAACUGGGAAAGAAGAGGGAAAAUGGUUGUUACUAACUAUUCAAUCUCUAGUAAUUUUUUUGUCUUUGUUAUUGUAACAUGGAAUAUGAGUAUAUUGGAUGUGAAGAAAUAAUGAAAAGAAUCCAAUUCUGACACUGGAUAUAUAAGUAUUUGGUUCUAUGUUAAGCAUACUCUUAGGAAGUGAUUGGUUUAUGUGUAGUGACGAAGGGCCCAACUGACUCCAGUGUAAGUGAGGUAAAACAGUGAUCUCAAAUUGCAGAAGUCAGUAUCCUAUAGAAAUUCUGAUAACUGCUGCUUCACCUGAAAACUCAAGUUGAAAAUGGGAAUUGUCCAACCCUCACAGGGAUCAGGGCACAUCAGCUUUAAUAUCACUUUGAGAGACUGAUGGCAAGAAAAGCUGUCUCUUACGCCUUUUGCUGCUUUACCCAUUCUUAGAAUAGAGGGGUGGGGUGUGCCUACGGUCCUUUUUGAAGUGAUUUGGAAAGGUUUAUAGCUGUGAGAUUGUCUUUGACUUCAAUAGAGUUGACAGCUUUUAGAAAAGUAGGAGUUUAUUUAAUGUUUCCUUAUUCCAUUGUCAAGCUUUAUCAAUGGCUUAAUGACAGAAAUAAGGCUUAAACAGAUGAUGUUUUUCCAACAAAAAACAAAUUGUUGAUUUUGUUCUGUGCAUAUUAAAGGUUUUUGAAUUGGCUUGAUUUUAAAAAUCAGAAAUCUUGAAGUCUUUCUCUAUUUCAUACAUUUUCCUUCCCCUUUUGGUCUCUGCAGAAAGGGUUCAGAAUCAGUUUAAACCCUUCCUGAGGUCAUGAAUGGGUCAGUGCAAAAUUAACCUUUUCCCCAUGUUCUCAGUUCUGGGGACUGCAACAAAUUUUUAUCAAUAGUGUCCUUGUUGCAGACAUUUUAUAGCAUGUUUGACUUUUGUUUCAUUAAAUCCAGGAGAGAAUAGCCUAUGCACUUUAUCCCGUAAUCUUCCAGUAUAUACACAUUCACUCGAGAUAGCACUUCAUAUACAUUAA